AUGGCCGACCAAGCGCCAUCACAGACCCCUGUCCCACCUUCGUCGCAACCACCACCUUUGUCACAGCCUGGCUCCCAAGAACCCUCAGCGUCAUCCGCCUCGGCAUCUGGUGAACCAGUAGCUUCAUCCGGGGCGACAGCUGUUCCGAACCCUGACCCCGAGGCAGCAGAUGGUACUGCCUUGGACGCUUCCAUCGACCAAGAUAUUGAUAUGAACGCAAGCAACGACACCAAAAUGACAAACGCAACCGAUGCGGAAGACCCUGCGGUAGGGAACCCAAUCCAGACCGCAACAUCAGUCGACGCUUUUGCGACGGCAGCAGCACCAUCGAAGAAGGAGACGAGUUUGCGCGAGUUCCUGGGCAAAAUGGAUGAGUAUGCGCCUAUUAUCCCUGACGCUGUAACAGCUCAUUAUCUUACCCUUGCCGGCCUACCACCCCCGGGGAAUGGUCCCAACCAAACACCCCCACACUUAGCCCGACUUCUCGCUUUGGCGACCCAGAAAUUCAUUGCUGAUAUUGCCGCGGACUCUUACCAAUACGCACGUAUUCGGGCUUCUAACAGCUCCUCCGCCAGCAACCCAAUGGGCAGUCUUAACGCCGCGUCGGGUCUCGGCGUGCCCACUGGGGCGUCUGGCGCUGGUGCAGCAGGAGCUGCCGCUGGCGCCUCGGGCGGAGAUGCAGGCAAGGGCAAAGCCAAUACACAUCUAGGAAUCCAAAGGCCCGGCUUUGGCGGUGGUGGCUCAGGAGGCUCCGGGCAAGGACGGACAGUGCUCACCAUGGAAGAUCUGGGAAUGGCGGUUGGUGAGUACGGCGUGAGUGUCAAGAGAGGCGAGUUCUACCGAUAG